UGAUAGUCUUCACAAUUUAGUGAAAUAGUCGGCUCCAAAAACUGAAAUGAAUGAAAACAACACAAGUAGCGAAAAUAUAGCCCAGGCGAGGCUUUCCUGUCCGUAUGGUGAUGACUGCUAUAGAGCUAAUCCUUCCCAUCGCUCAGAGGUUGCUCAUCCUGGUGAUGAAGACUAUACAGCUACACGAAUGCCAUCACCGGUAGCUGGUGCCCCUAAAUGUAGGUAUUGGCGGCAAUGUUAUAGAACAAACUAUGAUCAUUUUCGGAAUUUUCGACAUCCUCGUAGAAAUGCUUACACCAUAACCAAUAACCCCACGGGAAUUGAUUCUUUCGACGAAACUGAUAGCGAAGAGGAGGAGGACCCUUUUGCUGAAUCAAGUGGAUCUGAUUACUUGCCAAGUGAUGAAGACGAGUAACCUUGGUCAAUUAAAUUUUGUUUGUUGAAAAGUAAAUAUAAGAUGCAGUUUUUCCAUUGUUACUUAAUUACAAACGAUAGGUAUACAAAAAGAAAA